ACGACGGAUGGUACCAACCUGCUCUCCGGCAUCCAUCUUAGCGAAGGUGUCGACGUGAACGCGGCUGCUGCAGCUGCAGGCGCUGCUGCUGCCUCCGUAGGGGGGCCAGUGCCACUGGAUCGCAAAGGACGACCUUGUGCCUUCCCCUGCCCAGCCUGUCCCCGCAGAUUUGCAUUCCAAUGUCGUUUGGCCGCUCACUUACGUUGUCAUACCAAUAUUAGGCCGUUCAUUUGCACUGACUGUGGCCGCGCAUUUACCCAAAAGGGCUACUUAGCCAGGCACGCCGCUGUACACAAGUUAGACAGGCCUUUCUGUUGUUCUCUCUGUGACCGAUCUUACAAGCAUUAUGGCUCUUUGGUUAACCAUCGAAGGACACAUGGCAAAGUCGCUGGUCUCGCUGGAGAUCAAGAAAUGGCCGACCAGCUAGUGUCCGCAGUGGGCUCCUCUGGAGUUGGUGCAAUCACUCUUAUGCCCGUUUCAAAAGUGGAGGAGAUCCUGCCCUGCGAGUACCUUUCCUCCCAAUCCCUACAGGCAAGCAGUGUGGCCGCUUUUCUUUCUGCCGGAACUCUAGGCAGCCCUAUGACCAACCAAACAGCUAACGCCCUCAGCAAUACAUCAAACAUCUCCACUGGAUUAGGUAUAACUUCUUCCUCUUCUUCUACUCCUGCCUGCAGUACAGGUAUUUCUUCGGUUACUGCAGUUUCGCGAUCGAUCGGAGCUCCACUUAUCUCACAUUUGGCCAGUCCAGUCAGUGGGCUUACUCAAUUAUCCCCCAUUCAACCGGCCGCCUCUACUGGUGGACAGAUCCCUGGCCAGGCACAACAGCAGACCCUGACACAGUUACAACAACCGCAAUCAGUGCUUUCUUCUCAUCUUCAUCACCAACAACCUCAGCCAACAGAUCAGUCACACUCAGGUCAUCAGCAGCAGCAACCG